AUGCCUUUCUUGGAAUCUAACAAGACGCUGGCAAGUGUUGUGUUCUGGACUGGUUUGGUCUGGGGCUUUAAGCUUCUCCAGGCUGCGAUCGGAGGGAAUGAGCAGGCCGUGGCAACCGCACACAAGAUCUUUGGCGAGAUCGCUCCAAUGACACCCAAACGUAUCGUUCUUAACGGCAUCCACGCCAGGCUCAAAUCCCGAAACAUGGGGUAUAUCGAGUCCGACCACCCUGGGUAUGAUCCCGAGGGGGGGAUCACGAUCCGAAAUAAGAUGUCUCACGUAUGCGCGGCCAGGGGGACGCCCUUGGAAACGUACCUGCGGCCUGACGGAGCUGAAGAUUAUAUUCGACAAAGACUCGGACAGGGCUAUCGCGUGAUCGAGCUCGCGCUCGAGGGCGUGGGAACGCCAGAGGACUUGUCGAGUUUGCGUCAGUUGGUGGACAAAAUGAUCAGAAGUAGCGUGUGCUUGGGUGAUGGACCUCGAUGGCAAUACAACCGGUUGGAGAAGGUCGUGGACUCGUGGCUGAAUACAUUGAGCACGGAAGCUCGAACUCAGCAGGAGGGAACGCCGUAG